ACUGUGCUUGCAAAAAUCCCUAAUUUGCGUUGAAACCUUUACUUAAGUAUUUUUUGAAAGUCGGGGAUGUGUUUAAAAUUUCAAAGGUAUGCACUAAAUUAAUUAUUGCUUUUAAAAAUGGCACAAAGAAGUCGAUAUUCUCACCGCAACAGUACGAGUACGCGAUAUUUUGAAAAGGGUGAGAAGGUACUCUGCUACGAGCCAGAUCCAACAAAGGCAAAAGUGUUAUACGACUCAAAGAUUUUAGGUAUCUACGAUUCAAAGGACAAGCGUGGGCGGAAAGUUAUUCAAUAUAAAAUACAUUUUCAAGGUUGGAGCAGUUCAUGGGAUCGUAAAGUGAAUGCUGAUUAUGUGCUAAAAGAUACAGAGGAAAAUCGGCAACUUCAGCGUGAUUUGGCUGAAAAAGCACAGUUGCAAAUUAAUGCUUUUCUUUAUCGGAAAGAGCGUAGCAGCAUUAAGAAAAAGCAAAAUAAAUCGGUGCUGUCGCCAGACGAUGCUACAGCUGCAGAGGGCAACGUAAGCUCAGAACUGCUCUCAUCACCUAAGUUUCGAACACGCGGCUCCUCGGAAGAUAAUUUUAGUUCAAGUAGCACUCUAGAAAGGCAAGAAGAUUUUUCAAUGAAGGACGAAUGUGAGAGCGAGUCAUGUUGCAGUUCUGUGGAAAGUUUUCCAGACGAGGAACGUGUUUUACUUCGCAUAAGCGAACGCCUGCGUCAGUACUUAGAGUACGAUCAUGAUAUGAUCGUCAAGUAUUGCAAACAACAUGCUCUGCCUGCACGUAUCCCAGUGGUGGCGAUAUUAGAAAAUUUCGUAAAGCAAAGUGUUGUUAAAUUGGUAUUUUCAACAACGCAAGUUGAGAGUACAAGGCGUCGUACUACACAGCAACGAACAAACAAAAAAGAACACGAAUUUGAUAAAUUAGUAGCGACUGUUAGUUUGCUAAAGGAAGUCGCCGAUGGUUUACGCAUUUACUUUGAUUUUACCAUAGCGGAAUAUCUACUGUAUAAAGAGGAGAAAGAAUUUGCGUUGUCAUAUUUAACUGAAGAGAAUCUAAAAAAUUUUACCUAUGUUGCAUUGCCUGGCCUAACACCAGAUUUUCUUAAUCCCACAAAAAAUGAGGUUGAUUCAACACAAAUUCAUAGUGGGGAGACUUACACCGAAACACAAUCAACAGAGGCUUCUUCGACGACACCAGCGCCGUCCGAGGAACCACAAAAACGUAAAUCGCGAAUUCAUCGCAGUGAUGAUUGUGAAAUGAUAUUAGAAAACUGCUUAUCAAGUAUUGCUAGUACCAGCUCUGGUGCAUCAACUCCACUGCACUGCGCUGUUGGCGGAAGUAGCAGUUCUUCCGGUAUUAACUACUUGAAAUCGCUACAACCAAUGGCACAGAACAUACCUACGCAAACUAAAGAUUUGUUACAAGCUGUUUUGUCUUGGCAUUUGGUGCCUACCAAUGCACCAGCUGCGCCGUCAAUGAUUUUCGGCGCUCCCCAUUUAGCAAGAUUAAUUGUGAAACUGCCGGAAUUUUUGAAUGCAUCAUCAAUAAAUGAUGAAAAAUUAAAAAUUUUACUACAGCAUUUGGAUACUUUCGUAAACUACCUAGAGGCACGCAAAGAGUGGUUCAACGAAGAUAAUUAUGCGCGUUCGAAUGCGGCGCGAAAACGCGCGAGCUCUAGCGAGUGCGUUAAACCAGAUGUGGCGGAUAGUGUUAAAGAAACGUUGGAAUCAAAUUUGCUGCAAACGUCGACGACAAGUGUGACAGGAACAAAUGCUACUGUUAUAACAACGGAGACAUCGACAACAACAACACCUGCCGCAGCUAUUGCAACGUAAUUCAAUAUACACAUGGAUAUUUAAGUAGUUAAUUCAUUAAAAAAAAAGACACACAUAAAAUAAUGUAAAUUUAGAAACAAGUUUUAUUUUUACAAAACUGUGUAUCUUAACAAUUACAAGUACUUUUAAUUAUAGUUUUAAAGCUUUUUCAUUUUAUUCACAUAAAUACAUGUGUGUUAUUGUUACAUACUUCUUUUAUUUUUAUAUUUUCACUUGCCACCACACUUGAAAACAUAUGUACAUACGGUAGUAGUGUAUGUAGACAACUACAGUUUUACACACUUUGUGUUUUUGCCAAAAGCUUUUGUGAAAUAAAUAUUACUUAAAAUUAUUGUAAACUCGAAA